UAUACACGUAAUUUUAUCCAAAAACAUGCCUGGAAAAGAAGAAUAUCUGUCGCAGAAAACAAACCAAACAUACGUCUCACAAACCUAUCCCAGGAGGCCUUGCGCGGUGGAGGAAGGACAUUUUUCUGGAGCGGACGCGUUAAAGAAACGUUUCAAGGCUGUCUCACACCGUACCCUGACCGAAGGAUAGAAAAAAAAAUGUCUGAGGCCGUGUCAGAUAAGAUCAAGAACUACAGGACGGCUCCGUUUGACGCCCGAUUCCCCAACACCAACCAGACCCGAAACUGUUUCCAGAACUACCUGGACUUCCACAGGUGCAACAAAGCCCUGACCGCUAAAGGCCAUGAUGUUUCUCCCUGCGAGUGGUACCAUAGGGUUUACAAGAGCCUCUGCCCAAUGAGCUGGGUUUCUAAGUGGGACGAGCAGAUAGAGAAUGGAAGUUUCCCCGGAAAGAUCUGAACUCAGCAGCUGUGACAGUUGGCUGCAGGACUGUUACUUGCACCUCGACCUCUGUCAUGUGCCUGCAAAUGUCUUUACAGCCAUUGUCCUUUCAUCAUUAUCAUUGAUCUUACAAACAAACUAAAAACACGCACAACUAGCACCAUUUGUAAUCCUAGAACACUAACGUCGGGUGAUUUUUCAGCCACACGAAAGAGUGAUAGUUACAAAACUCAUGUUGGUGUUCUAGGGUUAAGUUCAAACAUUUCUCAUCUGUUAUAAACUGCUCUUAUAGUUUGGUUGAUUUAAUGGAUAAUGGAAGUUCAUUAUUGUGCUGUCUUGGAUUGACUUCUGGGUCUCCAGAGAGCAAUAAAUUGAUUUCACAAAGCAA